AGUCAUUACUUGGAGUAAACGUCACCACUUCUUUACACAGACAAUUCAGCUGAGAGUCAUUACUUGGAGUAAACGUCACCACUUCUUUACACAGACACUUCAGCUGAGCCAUGGGAAACUCGACCCCCCCACCUUCUCCAAAAGUUCUGCCUCAAGAAUGGAGGAAGGGUCCUUGGGGAAACAAAGUGAGAGAUUUACAGAUUGUGAAGGAUUACCAGCCUUUUAAAGAGGAUGUCCAGCUCAGAUGUAUGCUUUAUGGACCUGUUGGUGCUGGCAAUUCCAGCUUCAUCAACGCUGUCGACAGUGUUUUACGAGGCAAAAUAACUCGUCGAGCUGCUGCAGAUUCAUUCUUCCAGAGGAGCUUCACCACAAAAUACAGAGAGUACAAAAUCCAAAAAGUACCAGGGACACAUUACCCUUUUGUCUUCAAUGACAUCAUGGGCCUUCAGAAGGAUGCAGAAAAAGGAGUUUGUGUGGAAGACAUCAAACUGGCCAUGAAGGGACACGUGAAGAAUGGUUACCAGUUCAAUCCUAUCUCUGCCAUUUCGGAAGAUAACCAACACUACAACAGAGACCCCUCUCUAAAUGACAAAGUUCAUGUUCUGGUUUGCGUCAUCCCUGGCAACACAGCAGGAUUGCAUAAUGAUAAUAACCCAACACAGUUACUGACUGAGGAUUUCGAGACAAAGUUGAGGGAAGUCAGAUUUGAAGCCAGGGACAUAGGGAUUCCUGAAAUUGCUAUUCUCACCAAAAUUGAUGUAACCUGUCCAGAGGUCGGCAAGGAUAUACAGAACGUGUAUAAGAGCAAGUACCUGAAGAAAAAGAUUGAGGAGAUGAGUGGCAGGCUGGGUUUUCCACAAAACUGCAUCUUUCCUGUGAAUAACUACCACUCAGAGCACGAGACAAGUGAUAACACAGAUACACUGAUACUGAGCGCACUGAGAGGGAUGAUUGAAUGUGGAGAAGACUUUGUCAACGACCUGUAAAACUACAUUCUGCUGAGGCAGAUCUUGUUUUUAUAACAACAUGUUUUUUACAGGUCCUAUUAACAAUUAUGAUAAUUACAUGAAGUGGGCUAAAUGGCUUUUAGUUUUUUUUUUGCAGCCUGUAAUGCAUCAUAUCUAUACUAUAAAUGAUGGUGUCUCUAUGAGUAAAGUAUGAAAAGGCUUUAUUUUUCCUAUAUUUGAUGUUUUCUUUGCAUUAUGAUAUUGUUAGUUAUAUGCUUUGUUGAUUCAGGAGGUAAUUUAUAUUUCCGUCUCAAGGUAAUCGAGAAUCUGAAUAUUCGUAGGUCGAAGAUGAUUUGGUUGAAACGUGUUCAGAUUAAUGAUAACAUAUGCUGUACCUCUCAUUGAUUAAAAAGUGUUUUGUAUAUAAUGAUAAUUUUUUAAUAUAACCAGAUCAUAUUCAUCACAUAAUGAUAACAUCAAUAUUUUUAAAUGACAUAAUAAACAUAAUUGUUUCAAUCAAGACAACAGAUCAGAGCAGUUCUGUGAUUUGCAGCUCAUUCAGAUCAAAGCAGCUUCACUUGUCUCUAAGAAAACCCUCGUCAGGUUUUAAAACAUGCAUGUGAUUACACUCUCAAAAACAUUACAUGGUGUUUCUUAUUUUUGCUUGUAUUAAAUGGUUCAACAAUGAUGUACAUUACUUGUUUAAAAUAUUUUGUGAAUCCAUAUUUUGUUGUGACAUUGGGAGGCUGCAAAGUCAUGAUAAUCAGUGCCUGUUUUAUACAGUGUGCCUAUUCUAGGAUGGUUACAUUUUAAUGCUUUGAUUUCUAUGAAGAUGAAGCUGUUGAUCUACAAUCUUUUGAUUCUCACCAAUAAUAUUUUGAACAAUAAAUGCAUUCACACAUUCAA